GGUAAACGUGUGGCAUUUAUAUCUACCGGAGCGGUGAUGGCUAGAGCAUUAGUAGAAAAAGCAUCUAAGUUGUUUAAGUCUGAUAAUUCACCUGUUAGAGCCCUGGAGACGGGAAUAUCAUUCGAGGUUACAGGUCACUUUGAUAUAGUUAUAGCUAUUACAAACAUCGCCACUCCAGUUCAUGUUAAGGCUCUUGCACAAAUGCUUUAUCGAAUUCGUGACUGUCCUCGUCGUAUUGUUUCUUUGUUCUAUCAGAAAAAUUCUAAUGAGCUUUUUUACCCGCCAGGUCAUGAAAAUAUUUGGGCAGAACUUACUAGUGCUCGGCCUAAUAACUUACCUAUAGCAAUAAAGGGUCAUCGUGAAUGGAAUAAUAAUACCAUUUCUUAUAAAGUUGAUGAGUCUCCAGCUGUAAUAACUUUUAUUGAAGUUGAGCAUCAGAAACGUCUUUCUGCGAGAUAUUUUAUUGAGAAGCUUUGUAGUCUUAUAGUCAGUACCGGUGCUUCUCUCCAACUAAUAAAAAUGGAUGAGAGUUUGAGAAGUUAUAGGAAACCAUAA